AUGAGUGAUAUUGGUUUUCAAGCACUUCUCUCCGCAUUACCUAAUUCAUUAUAUGAAUUAAAACUGGAAGACAAUCAAAUCAGUGAACAAAGUCUACCUGUUUUACUAACUUUUUUCAAGCGUCAAUCGAAUCUAAAACAGAUUUCUCUACAAAAAAAUGGUAUCAGUAGUAAUAAUUCAAUUGGAGUUAAUGUACCUGACUUAGUGGAACAAAUACUAAAAGUUACAGAUAAAAAACAUUGCAUUUUUACUUUGGAUAUCAAUGAAUGGAUCAAUAAUAAAAUGGAAGAAUUAACCGAUGGCAAUAUCAAUUUAAUUAGUACUGAGUUACGAGGUCAUCAUAUACUUCAGUUAUAUAAUGGAAUGAAGAAGACACCCGAUCGAGAUUGGUCAAUGGAUUUAUCAGGCAACGAGCGAAUCUCGCCGAUUGGAUAUCGUCAUUUAGGUGACAUUUUGUCUUCUACACUUCAUAUUGUUGAACUGGAUCUUCGAGCAAAUAACAUGGAUGAGGAAGAACGAAAAUGUCUUCUCAAUGGUUUACAAAAUAAUAAGACACUGUCAAUAUUCCAGAUCUGGACGAAACUUAACAAUCAAGACAUGGAAUACAUCGGACGGUUUAUUCAGAAUAAUAUGGCGCUUAAAGAACUCAACUUAUAUUGGUGCUACAUGGGUGACGAUGACGUUGUUCCUUUAUUUAAAGAUUUGCCUGGAAGUCAUUUAGAGAUUUUAUGUUUAAGUAAAAACUCACUUGGUGAUCGUACUUGUGCAAGUCUUCUUUCAUCUAUUCCUUCUACAUUAAGGGAAUUGUCAUUCAAUGACAACAAAAUAACACAAGCAAGUUUGGAAACAAUCGUCACUUUCCUCACUACAAAUCAAACGUUAAAAAUACUCAACAUAAAAUAUGCAUCAAUUUUUGAGAACAAUGAUUCGGAUGAACAUGAAAAUAUUUAUUGGCAACAAAUAAAUGAAGCUGCGAAGCAAAAUGGUAUUUGCGAACUUAUUUAA